AAACCGAGUCUGAACGGAUGGUUCGGCAGCCAGGUACUGAGACAGACACCCGUUAAAAUGAAUCAUUGUUGGGUGAUUAACUUACUAGUAUUAAUAUCGAUUCUCCUCCCUGGUUUGGUAUGGUCACUGAAGAACUAUAACUCUAACCGAUACGCUUCAAAAAGACCCCUACAUGACUCUGCUAGUUACAGGUAUAGGCCAACGACUACAAAUCAUGGUUAUUUCAGCAGCGGAUACGGAUCUCCUAGACUAUCCGUAUACCAGUCUGUUAAUUCACUUGCCCAUGGUUCUGUUAAUCAGGAUUAUCGUUACGGUUAUAUAAGCACAAACUACAGAAACUAUGAAUACGAUAACCUGUGCAAAUGUGAAAUGUUAACAUGCGUGAAGAAGAAAGACUGCGGCAUGCGGCUUAGCGAUGGAGGUCAUACUGACGGUCAUCUAUGUCCCCCUUUUUUUGAGUUCGACACGGACUUGGCCUAUUGCACUUCAGUGUCUAUUAUGAACAUGAACAACCUAGAAGCUGUUAAACUGUGCAAGAGUCAAGGCGCAAGGCUGCUUCACAUCGAAAACACUGCAGAAUUCAAGUUGCUUGUAAAAGAGAGAGUAGCAAAAGGUAAAGACUUUUUCCUAGGAGAUGGCAUGUACUGGCUGGAUGCUUACUAUAGUGAUAAAAGUAAGAAGUGGAUCUCGCGGACUAAGGAAGAACCUAUACAUUGGGACCUAAUUUUUCCAGUUUCAUUUGGAGAUCAAGCUGAGCCAAAAAACAAAGAUGUGGUAGCUCAGAUCGACCCCACUAAACGAUGUUUAGUAGUGCAGUAUGAGGAUAAACACCCAGAGAAGCUAAAGGUAUCCAGGGAGUCUUGUAGUGCCACAAAGCAGGUACUUUGCAAAUUGGGUCAUUACAAGAACAAAUGUCAAGAGAAUAAAAGAUUUACUUGCUGUUUUAUACCAUCAUAUGACCACUAUAGGAAGUAUAAUUAUGAAGCAGUCAUUGAUAAGCCGCAUCCUCGUAUAUCAGGUCUGGGCAGUAGCUACAGGAACUGUUUCAUUGAGAUACAAAGGAUACAGAGCGGAGGCAAAGCUGAAAGCGUCCCAUGCAAGGAAGCUCUCCUCAUGCUGAACCCAGUAACGACUCCAGACAUGCAGCUGAAACUUCCAUACAGGAUUGGAUCAUCUUACUUUUACUUAAGUGACGAAGACUGCAUCGGCAAGAACAAGAGGAGAGCCGUAAUUUCCAGCAGGAAGAUACACAGAUUUAUUUCGCGUCUCAUGGUGAUGGCCAAUGCAAGGACGCUAAUUCUUUAA